AUGCCCCUGAACUAUCUCAAAAAGUCUAAAGGGAACGAGUUGUUACCGAUUAAGUGGGUUCAUGUAUACUAUAUGAAGCAAGUGUCAAUGGAAACAUGUGGAUGUCACGUGGCAUGCCACCUCCCAUUUUAUCCCUCCCCUAUAUUUGUUUUUCCAUCAUUAAAAUCUCCUUCCCCUCCAUCACCGUUGCCACCGCUACCGAUUAGGAUUACGAGUCUCAACCUAUAUAUGCAUGAAAAAGAAUUUACGAUGAAGAUGGUGAAGGCGAAAGAGCAAACUAGGUGCACUUCGGCUAGGCUUUUCUUAUGGAACGAGGAACUAACGAGGAAUCAGGUAUCAGAAUCUGAAGGGCUUUGUGUGAUUAUAAUUCAAAGGAAAUACAUGAGGCUUAAUCUUUGUGAAUGUGGUAGUUCUGAUUGCGAUGCUUUGGAGGAUAGUUGUUGCUCUACUGCCAUCCCCUUUGAACUCUCUAGACUACUAAACAAGGAUUCAUCCUUAUUUCGUAUGCUUCUAGCUGCUACUCUUCAAUUCCCCUCUAAAAACAUUAUACAACUCACCAAAUCUAUCUCUACUUGCCUUUUCACUCAGUUUCAGUUUUCUCAACCACCACCACCACCACGACCUACAUAUGUGAUUGCCCUUGAAAUUUCACACAAUCUUUUUAUCGAUUACACGUCACAUGCUUUUGUUAAGCUGAGUGCUUUACCAUGGAGACCUCCCGUUAUCCCGUUGUUUUCUAGGUUUGAAAAAGACUGGGAUGAGGAAGAGGAGCUUCGUAGUUGCGCACGUAGUGUGUCUACAACUGAUUACAUGAAUGAUCCAUAUCAUAACUACUGUGCUGAUGUGCUCGAGUAUAUCGACGCGUUAAGGGAAUAUACUGGUGAAGCUGGAAUUUGCCCAACUAAACCACCUAUUGCUGCAGAUGUACCAAAAGGACUUGUGGAACUCAGAACCGCUCCUACGCUCCUACACUACCAACUCAAUGAAGAUAGCAGAGAUCUAAUGGACGAAACUUGCCCCGUUUGCUAUCAAGAUUUUAAAGAAAAGAAUCAGGUGAUUACAACUAAUUGUUUGCACGAAUUUCAUGCUAAGUGUCUACUAUCAUGGCUAUCAAAGAAAAAUACGUGCCCAACUUGUCGAGCUGUUUAUCCUUUGCAUUAUUCGCCCUCUUCCAGCUGCCGUAAACGUCCUGACCACAACAUAUUGGAGGUUAGCAAUAAACGUCAUAAGCACGACAUGUUGGAGGCUGGCAUUUAAAGAUUGUACUCUUCCAAGUCAUUUAAACUAUAAGAAAGGAAAAAAAAAAGUCUUUCGGAACUUACUUAUGUUCUUAAUCAAAUCAUGAGAUUUCUGUGGCUGUAAAAUCAACCAAUUGAAAAGGAAAGAGUGUUACAUAAGAUGUUCUAUCUUUUUUAUAUUUUCUUGAAUUCUUUGUUCUUUUAUGGUAUCAUAUUGCUUUCAUGUGCUAGAUAACAUCUUGGAGAUUGCGCUGGCUAAUGUUUAGAAUUUGCUGUCUUUUU